GAUUUCCAGGCUGAAAUGGGAGGGCUUUAGCUCUCCUGCAAGGAUGAAUAAAUAGGUGAGUGGCUGACAGCCUGUCCAUUGUACCCCUCUAGUAAGAUCCAUAGCAAAGACAGGGAUUGACUCCUGGCAAUUGGAAGGCUAAAACCUGGCCCCAUGGAGAGGAUAGUCAUCUACUGCCUGGUCAUCAUCUUCUCUGGGACAGUGGCCCCUAAACACAGCUCCCCAAUCCGCCGCCAGACCAGGAUGGUCCAACUUCUACAAAUUGUUCAACAGCUGAAAACGUGUAUGAAUGACACGGACCCUGCACUUCUGCCUACCCCUGACAAUGUUGAGAAACACUGUGAGGAAUCAGCUAUUAAAUGUUUUCAGGAGGCUCCGUUAACACCCUACGAUGAUGAAGAAAAGAAAAUGAGAUUUGACGUCUUAAUUAAACAACUGAGAAGGAAACUGCCUUGGAGGGAGGCCAAAAAGACCAAGCCAAAAUGCCCUUCCUGUGAUUCCUUUGAGAAGAAACCACCCCAAGAAUUCCUCGACAGCCUGAGAUCACUUCUCCAAAAGAUGAUUUCUUAUGAUCAGCAUCAUCCCCACCAUCAUCGUUGCCAUGGCCACUGCACCUAAUACACGAGGGAGGUGAAGAUGCCCACAGCCCUAAGAGAAAGUUGGACACUAUAUGACAUACUCUAAGAUCUUAAUAUUCUAACUGAGCAAAUGCAGCAUAACUAUGAUGGGGGGAAAUGAGUUCAGAUAAGAGUUUAAAGUCAGGGAGAGUUUUCCAAAAUUAUUAUCAGCUCCAAACCUUCCAGCCCUUCUUCUAUCCUGGAUUUGGUGACUUGAAGACAUGGUCAGCUCAUAGCCUCAUUACCAAGGGGAUAGAUGGAGAGGCCGUGUCCUCUGAUAUUCAUCCUUCACUGUGUUACCCAAGUGGGGUAAUGUCACAAGGAGACGGGGAGGAGGAUCCAGACGGGAUCACUCUCAAUCUGCCCCUAUCUUAUUUUGUUCCCUUUCUCCUCUGGCAACCCUGAUCUCCUUACCAUGCUUAAUUAAAUACUGGCUAGUUCAUAUUCAUAAUAGAAUGUCCCUAUUCAAACAUGAAUGAGAACAUAGAAACAGGAGCUAAGAAAAAUUUUAAAAAGACAAAACUUUUUUAAAAGAGAAAACGACCUAAUUUUUAAAAUCUUAUCUGAACAGUUUUCCCCUUUUCUUAGUAUAUUUUACAUGUUAAAAAUGUAACCUAUUUAUGCUUUGAGGGGAAUUAUUUUUCUAGCUGGCUACUAAGAAUGUCGCUUUGUUCAUAAGGAUCCGAUGAAAUAUUUAUAUUCUAUGGAAAUGAAGAAAUGUAUUUAUAUUAUUCAUGGUUUUUUCACAGGAUUAGGGUACUGUGCCAGCAGAGGGUAUAAAAUGGCCCUACCAAAAUCUCCUUACCAUUCAUAGAUUGAGAGCUGGAACUCUAGAGGCCAGAAAGUCUAACCCAGUCAUCUUGUAGAUGAGUCCCAGAAGGAAAAAAAAUAAAAGCUAAGUGAUCUAUGCUCAGGGCCACACUGCUUAUAACCCCAAGGAAGGAUUUGAACUCAGGUCUUCCUGACUCCAACUCCACUAUCCUAUCCACUACGUUCACAGAAAGUAUUCUGGGCCAGUCGGAGCUGCCACAUUUCAUUUUUUGCCUCCUCCCGUUCUCCAACAAAGCCUUCAUAAUGGAUACAGGAGAUGGCAGUGAAGCAAUAACAUCCCUGGCCAACCUGAGCUUUGAAAUCUGAAAACUGAACUCCUAUGGAGCUAACAUUGCAAAAUUCCUUGCACAACUUGUGUCUAAAUGGCUUGGGGGAAAGACAUGUCCCUUUGUCUUAAAUAUACCAUGCAUCCAAACAGUGUAAUGGAAACAAGCAGCCCCUUCAAUAACCUUCUCUGUGAAGCUAAAUAUAUUUAUAGGAUGAGUUCUUAAUCUGGGGUUAGUGAACUUUUCUAAAACAUUUUUUGGAAAACUGCAUUUCCCUAUACUCAGUUUCCUUCGUAAUUCUAUGUAUUUCAUUGUAUGUAUCACAAAACAUUACUAUGAGAAGGGGUCCAUGGGCUUCACUAGACUGCUAGAAGGGACCAAUGACCCAAAAAGGUUAAGAUCCUUUGCUCUAAAGAAUAAAAUGGUUACCACAGAGUCAUAAGCUAAUUCAAGAAGCCCCUAUCUUUGUCAGAUUGAUCUUUGGAACAUGCCAAAGAACAGAGAAUGUGUGGGAUGAUCAAUGCUCUGGGUCUAGUAGGAAGUGAGAGAAAAAAAAUCUACGUCUGUUUUGAAAGAGAAGUGUAUGGCAGCCACCUGCUAACUCAAGCGGAGGCUGGUUUCGCUUAAAUAGCUGGUUCCAAACAGAAACAUUUUCAAGACCAUAAUUCUUUCUUAGGACCUCAGCUCAGUGACCACACUGCAUUCUGAAAGCCUUGACCAUUUUGGAAAUGGCUGGCACACGUGAUGACAACCGUGAACAUUUACACGUGUCUCAGCUCCACCUUAAAAGCUCUCCACUUCUAUCUGGUCUGGCCAACGCUACAGAAACCAUGGUAGGUCGGCAGCUCUGCAGCAUCUGAAACACUGACUUAAUAUGUUCUUAUCUCUGCCCGGUUUGGUGGCUGACUGUUUCUUUGACGUCAUAGUUUGAGUUUCAAAAUAAUGGAUUUCUCUCAGUACCAUAACUGUUAGACCUCUGAAAUAUCUGCUCAGAAGCUGUUUGACCAAGUUCUUCACUGAAAUAAAAAUCCUUUCAUGGAAGCUGAGGUGGGGGGAGGGGGAACUUUUAAAAGUACAAAUAAACUUGAGGCCUAAGAGAUCUUUCCUGAAACACAGGGAGGGACAAUGGCCAUUCAGAAACCAGAGGGAGAGGAAGGCCAGCGGGAGGCUCUGCCUCGGUCUCAUGUUAUUCAAGACCAGUCGGAGGCAAAGGAUGAAUGACUUUUGGACAUUAUACCAUUUACAGAUGGAAAGCAGCCUGCCCCUCUGGGCCUCAUUUUCUUCAUCUGUUAAAGGAAGAUGAACCAGCUCGUUAAUCUCUAAGUUCUCUUCCAGCUGUAACUGGAUUGGUUUUUUGUUGUUGCUGUUGUUGUUUUGAGAAUUCUUACCAGGCAAAGCGCUGGCUCUACCUUGGCAUCUAGAGUUCCAUUGAUCCAUUUUGAUUUCAAAGGCACUCUAGCACCCCCUACUGCACAAACAAGGGAAAUGUUUCUAUAGAAGACCAUUGCAGCAGGCGGCAUGGAUAGAGGAACCCCACACACCUGCUCUGUAAGGCAAGGGAACGUUAUACCUUUUAGAGAUGAUUAAUCAUAUUUUUAUGAUUUUAGCUGAUGGUGUCCUUUGAAGACACAUGUAUAGAACUGUAGCAUUAUCAUUCUGUGUUAUAUUACUCUGUUGUAUUGACAAU